GGGACAGUUCCUUCGAUUGGCAAUAAGAAACCAAAAACCUCGAGGGGCUUCAGUUGGCCCGAAGAUAUUACCGGAAGGUGUAUUGGUGUCCGACAAGGGGGUGAGAAAGAGAUGAAGGGUGAGAUGGAGCGUUGCUAAUCGUUCUCAGAUAUUCAUUUGAAACCGUUCUACCUCCUUCUCCUGCUCAUCGAUUAGUCUUUCUGCAACUCAGACAUGGCCAAUCGGCACACCAUAAUACUUAUGCAGACAUCUCAGAGCAGAGCGACCCGAACGUUCAUGGAUUAUGCUUCCAUAAAUCAAGCUAUGGAUGGUAUUUGUGAACUUUAUGAAAGGAAGCUGAAGGAGUUAAACCCUACCAUCCAUAACCUUACAUAUGAUAUUGCAGAUUUGUACAAUUUCAUUGAUGGCCUUGCAGACCUAAGCGCUUUGGUGUAUGACCAUAAUAUUCAAGCUUACCUACCAAAUGACCGACAGUGGAUAAAGCAGCGUGUGCUUCAGCAUCUGAGGAGAAUGGCUACUCGUUGAUUCAGAGUACCUCUGCGAUAAACUAUAGUUGUUGCAUAAGGAGUUUUGUUAGUGUUUGGUUUUUAUUGGUGAAAUAUAAAAUAUGAGAUUGUUGUCAAAAUAUUCAUAUAUUUAUCUGAAGAGAAUGUACCCUUAGUGGCUUAGAGUUUGUCAUUAGCAUCAGUGCAGUGGAGAGUUUUUUCUUUUUUUUCUUGAUUAUUUCUGCAUUGACAGAUGCUUGUGCACUUAGCACUGGAACAUGGAUGUGAGGAAAGAAGUUAUGCUAAUAUGUGAAAGAAUGCUCCAAUAUUUAUGCAUGUA